AUGGUGCGCUGCCUCUACGAGGUGCUGGAGGUGGAGAGGGACGCCGACGAUUCUGCCAUCCGCCUGGCCUACAGAAAAGCUGCUUUGAAAUGGCAUCCAGACAAGAACCAGCACCAGGCCGAGCUCGCAGGGGACAGAUUCAAAGAGAUUCAGAACGCAUAUGAGGUGCUGAGCGACAAGCAUGAGCGCUCAUGGUACGACGGCCACCGUGAUGCCAUCCUUCGAUCUGGGGACCGACACCAAGCGGGCGCCAGCAGCAUGGGCGGCCCCGAGCAGGCACCGGAUGACAUAAACCUGUAUGCCUACUUCUCGUCCACUGCCUACUCUGGAUUUGGGGACGGCCUGCGGGGCUUCUAUGGCGUAUAUUCCGGGCUUUUUGAGCGGCUGGCCAAGCAGGAGGCCGAGAGUCGGGGUGGGAAGAGCAGGACGAGCUUCGUGUACCCCUCCUUUGGCACCUCCGCCUCUGCAUGGCCAGAGGUGGCGACCUUCUAUGCCGAGUGGUCCAGCUUCUCGUCUGCACGCAGCUUUUCCUGGGCCGACCAGUACAACCCGGCCACGGCCCCAAACCGCCAGGUGCGGCGCAUGAUCGAGGCUGACAACGAGAAGGCGCGCCGUGCGGCACGCCGCGAGUUCAACGAGAAUGUGCGGGAGAUGGUGGCGUUCGUGAAGAAGCGGGACAAGCGCGUCCUGGCGCAUGCCGUGGAGGAGGCGGCGCGGAAGGCCGAGGCUGCGGCGCUGGAGGCCGAGAGGAAGGAGCGUGAGAAGCAGGAGCGUCUCCUCAAGGCACGGCAGUACAAGGAGGCUGCAUGGCUGGCAGCAGAGGAGGCAGGCUCCUCAGGCUCCGAGGCUGACCUGCAGGAAGAGGAGCUCCACACCUUUUACUGCAUGGCAUGCGACAAACACUUUAAGAGCGAGCGUGCGCUCCAGAACCACUCGAGGUCAAAAAAGCAUAAGGAGGAGGUGGCGCUCCUGCGGGCUGUGAUGCAGGAGGAUGAGUUGGUCCUUCUGGACGAGGUGGCUGAUGGGGCAGGUCCAGGUGCACUCAACAAGGCUGAGGAGCCUUCCGAAGAUGGGGCAGUUCGCCUGCCCAGUAGUGAGGAGGACGAUGAGACUGACGAGCAGUUCAGCUCAAGUUCCGAGGCUUGCGAUCUGGAGGUAACUGUCACUCGGCGCGCAAAGAUCACCGGUCGAUGGUCCAUCCACAUCGUCGGCAAUUUACAGGCCAUCUGGGGAAACUUCCUGCUGUCCCGUGCCAAGUGA